GGACUGCUCUUCGAGAUUGUACAAGAGUGUUCAUGUAGAAAUCCUACGGCAUCAACAUGAAGCAAAAUAAUUAAAAGACAUGUUGCUGCUUGUAAAAAGGACAGUAAGAAGUGAGAGGACGUCUUUCGUUCAGUGAGAGAAAGGAACUGCCCAGAAGAGCGUCCAUCGAAACUGCAGCACAGGAUGCAUCCACUGGCUCUCCUCUGUGUCCUUGUGACCGUCUCCGUCACCCAGGCUCGGCCUCAGCUCCCUCAUUCCUCCUCGGAGAUAGUCGAGUUUAUCAAAAAGGCCGACACCACCUGGACGGCCGGGCAGAACUUCCACAACAUCGAUAUCAGCUAUGUGAAGGGACUGUGUGGGACCAUACUGAACGGACCCAAGCUGCCAGAGGUGGUUCACAGUACGGAGGGCAUAAAGCUUCCAGACAACUUCGACGCGCGCCAGCAGUGGCCCAACUGUCCCACCAUCCAACAGAUCAGAGACCAGGGCUCAUGUGGGUCCUGCUGGGCCUUUGGAGCGGCGGAGGCGAUAUCCGACAGGUUAUGUAUCCACAGCGGUGCUAAGAUCUCUUUGGAGAUCUCUGCUGAAGAUCUACUGACCUGCUGUGAUGAAUGUGGCAUGGGCUGUUUCGGUGGUUCUCCCUCUGACGCUUGGGAGUUCUGGACAAAGAAAGGUCUGGUGACAGGAGGCCUGUAUGGCUCCAACGUUGGCUGCAGACCGUACAGUAUUGCUCCCUGUGAGCAUCACGUGAAUGGGACUCGUCCUCCCUGUCAGGGUGAAGAGGAGACUCCAAAGUGUGAAGAGUUGUGCAUUGAUGGAUACUCGCCAUCCUACCAGAAGGACAAACACUUUGGGAGACGCUCAUACAGCGUCCCGUCCCAGCAGGAGCAGAUCAUGACCGAGCUGUACAAGAACGGGCCUGUGGAGGCGGCUUUCUCUGUAUACGCAGAUUUUCCGCUGUACAAGACUGGUGUGUACCAGCAUGUGACGGGUGAGAUGCUGGGCGGUCAUGCCAUCAAGAUCCUCGGUUGGGGGACGGAGAAUGGGACGCCCUACUGGCUGGCUGCAAACUCCUGGAACAGUGACUGGGGAGAUAAAGGUUUCUUCAAGAUCAAGCGUGGAAAUGAUGAGUGUGGUAUUGAGUCAGAGGUGGUGACAGGAAUCCCACUCAACUAGAUUAAAUGAGUCCUGGCUGCAGACGAUCAAGUCAAUCAAACAUUAAAAUGAAGAUCUUAUUUUGUAAGACACUUAAGUAUUGCAUUUAAAUGAAAAUAAUAAGAGAUUUUAUGUAAUCAACAUGGAAUAAAUUGUGA